AAGCAUGGUUUCCAUAUCCACCAACUAGGGGAUAUAACUAACGGAUGUGAUCCUACUGGUGGUCAUUACAAUCCUUUUAGUGGUCAGCAUGGAGGUCCGGACACUCAAGAUAGACAUUAUGGUGACUUAGGGAACUUGGAAGAAGAUAAUUAUGGUAAUAUAAAAACCAUUUUAACUGAUAAAGUAGCUACAUUGACUGGUACAUAUUCUAUCAAUGGUAGAUCUAUGGUGUUGCACAGUAGAGAAGAUGAUUUGGGAAGGGGAGGUAAUACAGGAAGUUUGUCGUCUGGUAAUGCUGGUUCGAGAAUGGGAUGUUGUGUUAUUGGUUAUUCG